CCCCGCCCCUCUCCCCACCCCCUGCACCUCCAGAAAAGAGGGGGAGGUGAAAAAGCAGUGGAAGAAAACUCAACGAGGACACUCUGCCCUGAAAGCGGUCAGGUGUCUACUCCGCAUGUCCCUUCCAAAAAGCUGGUUUGUUGGAGCCAAUGAGAUCAACCCAGAGAGCCUGCAGGAUCACAUAAUCGAGCUCACGUAGAAGAGAACCCGAGAACCAAAGGGAGAAGACUUCAUUCCGCAGCCCAGUUGGAUUAGGGUUUGGAUUUACCACCUCGAUGGCUAGAAUCUCAUUUUUGCCUGUACUGACCAUAUGCCUGGCUAACCUCGGCUUAAGGGUCUGGAGCCAGACCCCCAGGAAAAUCCAGGAAACCCCUGGCCCCUGGGAGGUGCAGAGCCAAGGGUUGGCUCAAGGUUUAGUCCAGCUGGGCUCCUUUGAUUCUUCCAAAGACUCGUCCAACGAAUCGCGUGACCUGGCGGGGAGAGUCUCACCACCACAGAGCCCCCCGCCCGCCCUCUGUGAGAAACCCACGGAAAUCAGGCAGAUCUUCAAGUAUAUCAACACCGUCGUGUCCUGCGCCAUCUUCCUGGUGGGUAUCGUUGGCAACACCACCCUGUUGAGGAUCAUUUACAAAAACAAAUGCAUGAGGAACAGUCCCAACGUCCUCAUUGGCAGUCUGGCGCUCGGUGACCUCCUCUACAUCCUCAUCGCGCUACCCAUUAACGUCUACAAGCUGCUGGCAGAACACUGGCCAUUUGGAGUUCAGAUGUGUAAGAUGAUCCCUUUCAUUCAGAAGGCUUCCGUGGGAAUUACCGUCCUCAGCCUAUGCGCUCUCAGCAUUGACAGGUAUAGAGCAGUGGCCUCGUGGAGCCGGAUUCAGGGCAUCGGGAUCCCCGCCUGGAAGGCGGUGGAAGUGACACUCAUCUGGGCCGUGGCCAUCAUCCUCGCUAUCCCAGAGGCCGUCUCCUUUGACUUGGUGGUGUUGAGCUACCGGGAGCAGAAGCACCAGGUCUGCAUGCUUUCCUCUCAGCAGAAAUCCACCUUCAUCAACUUCUACAAGGAUAUGAAGGACUGGUGGCUUUUUGGCUUCUAUUUCUGCCUGCCCCUAGCUUGCACUGGAGUCUUUUACACCCUGAUGUCCUGUGAGAUGCUGAGCAAGAGGAACGGAAUGCGCAUAGCGCUCAAUGACCACAUGAAAAGGCGCAGAGAGGUGGCCAAAACAGUGUUCUGUCUGGUGGUGAUCUUCGCGCUCUGCUGGCUGCCUCUCCACCUAAGCCGGAUCCUGAAGAAAACCAUUUACGACCCCGCCGAUCCCAACAGAUGUGACCUGCUUAGUUUUCUGCUGGUGUUGGACUACUUUGGCAUUAAUAUGGCCUCCCUGAACUCUUGCAUCAAUCCCGUGGCGCUCUACUUUGUCAGCAGGAAGUUCAAGAAUUGCUUCCAGUCGUGCCUGUGCUGCUGGUGUCAGAGGCCAGAGCGGAACAUCAACCGCACAGAUGAGAAAGGGUCUGGGGCCAGAUGGAAAGCCCACGGCCAGGACCUGGGUCUGGACCGAAGCAGUUCCCGCUUAAGCAAUAAGUACAGCUCCGCCUAAGAUCUACAAGCGUAUUAGAGAGAGGGAGGGGCAGGACAGAGGGAAGGGGAAAGAAGAGCUGAAAGAAUGAGCCGUAGAGCAGCCUUCUGGAGAUGACUGACAGCUGUCGCUUCAGUCUGGACUCAUUUUCUCCCAGUUGGAGAGGAGAAAUCAGAAAUCAGCGUGUCGUCGCUUCGAUUCUCGCUUCUCCCUUCGGGCACCUCCCCUUUAGAGGGUCCGAAACGCAAGCACGGAAUUUGUUUUUUGUGCCCCUUAUAAUCUAUAUUAUCAUUGGACGGCC